AUGAUAAAAAACAUUUUCGGCAGCAAACGGUCGAAGGAUGGAGAGCGCAACAAAAUUUCGGAAAUCGGUCUCCCGACGAACGUGGUGCAUGGUAUACAUGUUAGCAAAAACCUGCAAACCGGCCACCUGGAGGGUUUGCCAAAGUCAUGGAUUCGGAUAAUGGACGCGUUUAUCACGCACGAUGAACAGAGCAAAAAUCCGGACGCCGUUUACCAGGCGGUGAAAUUUUACAGCUACUCUAUUAAGAAGAAAGAAGGUACGGAACCAUUCAAGCCGUUCAUCACGGAAGACGCGAUCCACGAAGAAACGGAGUCCAUAGACCAGUUUCUCGACCAAAAGAGCACGCACAAAAGCGAGGAUUCACUAGUAGGCAGUAGUGAGGAAAAUGAAUCAGUACCGCAAGCCCCGCCACCUCCCUUGCCCAAGAAGAGUGCCACCUUACCGCCGAAGCCGCAGCUGAAGCCAAAGCCUACGAACUACACCAGCAAGGUGUACAAAGGCAUGGACAACCUGCACCUGAUUGAUUCGGGAAGCAAAAGUGAAACGAUGAUCAUCCAUAGCGUGUCCCAUCUCGAUACACACCAAAGUACCUACGCGAUCAGCACGAACGUAAAUAACAACAACAGUCUCGAUCGGGAGCUGGAGAGUGAUAAUGAUUUAAUUCUACGGCCAAAAGAGAAGCAGAUUCGGCAACCGAAAAGCGAUGAGCAGGUUUACUUGGAGCUGAAGAAAAUUUGCAACCUAAACGAUCCGCUCAAGCGGUACGAAAAGACGGUGGAGGUGGGCAAAGGAGCCUCGGGGGUGGUGUUCAUCGCACUCGAUCGCAACACUGGCUCCAAGGUGGCGAUUAAGACGAUUGACAUGAAAAAUCAAUCCUCGAAAGAGUCGAUUCUGAACGAAAUAAACGUGCUGAUGGACUUUAACCACAAGAAUCUGGUCAACUUUCUCGAGGCGUACUACCUGGAGGAUGUCGAUCAGCUGUGGGUGAUCCUCGAGUACAUGGACGGUGGUCCGCUAACGGACGUGGUCACCGAGACGGUGAUGAAGGACCGACAGAUUGCUGCCGUGUGUCGGGAGGUGCUGUUGGCCAUCAGCUUCCUGCACGCGAAGGGUAUCAUCCACCGGGACAUUAAAUCCGACAACGUGCUGCUGGGUAUGGACGGUUCGGUGAAGGUGACCGACUUUGGGUUCUGUGCCAACAUCGAGGGUGAUGAAAAGCGGCAAACGAUGGUUGGUACACCGUACUGGAUGGCACCGGAGGUCGUGACACGCAAGCAGUACGGCAAAAAGGUUGAUAUCUGGUCGCUGGGCAUCAUGGCAAUCGAGAUGAUCGAGGGCCAACCGCCCUACCUGAACCAGGCCCCGCUAAGGGCGCUCUACCUGAUCGCGGCGAAUGGCCGACCGGACAUUAAGAGCUGGGAUAAUCUGUCGGAAAACCUGAAAGACUUUCUCGAUCGCUGCCUGCAGGUGGAGGUCGAUAUGCGCGCGUCGGCUGACGAGUUGCUGCGGCAUCCUUUCUUACAGGACUGCAUGGAGCUUCGAACGCUGACUCCGUUGAUAAAGGCUGCUCGGAGACUGCUGAAGCGGGACAACUGA